AAAAUCUUAUAUCAUUCAAAUCUGUUGGCCAUCGGAUAAAAUUUUACCCAAAUCUCAUGAUGAACGUCUAGUAAAAAUGUCUCGACUUUAAUGUGCUUUGUUAAGCCAUUGGAUGAAUAAAUGAAUGAACAAAUGAAUGAAUAAAUGAAUAAAUGAAUGAAUGAAUAAAUGAAUGAACAAAUGAAUGAAUAAAUGAAUAAAUGAAUGAAUGAAUAAAUGAAUGAAUAAUCACCAAGAAAGUCUGGGAAUUUAUCGACUUUCUAGCCCAGAAAUUAUCAAAACAAAACCCACAUUAAUUCCAACUCAAAUCCCCCAUUGAAAUUUAUCGACUUUCUAUUUCUAUUUCCAUUUUCAUUCGACGGAGGUUACUGUUCAAGCUGCCGACAACAGAAUGUCUCGCCUAUCGAACUUCUAUCUGCUAACUUACAACUCCCUCCAAGCUUUUGGCUGGACGAUUUCUCUUUACAGACUUCUAGACAGUUUUGUAGCCACCAAAUCUACUAGUGGUGCUUACUCUUCUGUGGGAGAACUUAUCUGUUUCCUGCAAACUGCUGCAUUCUUGGAAAUUAUUCAUGGAGCUAUUGGCUUGGUACCAACUGGAGUGUUGCUUCCUCUAAUGCAAUGGGGCGGGAGGGUUCAUUUUCUGGUUGCAGUUGUUCGUCAACUUCACGAGGUUCAACAGUUGCCUUCUGUUUUCAUCACUUUCCUGGCUUGGAGCUUAUCUGAGGUCAUCAGAUAUUCUCAUCAUGCUUUGAAUUGCUUGGGAGUUGGCCUAUUUUGGCUUACAUAUCUUAGGUACACUGCCUUCAUAAUUCUCUAUCCAAUUGGAGUGACAAUUGGUGAAAUGUGGCUCAUGUACCAAGCAAUUCCUUUUAUGAUAAAGAACAACCUCUAUGCAGAUGCCUUCGGUAAACUUCCCUUCAGCUAUUACAAUGCCAUCAAGGUUCUGCUUUUUGUCUACCCACUAUUUUUCUUGAAACUGUACCUACAUUUGUUCAAGCAAAGGAAAUCAAAAUUGGGCAAGCAGCACAAGAAGAAGAGAAACUGAAGAUACCAGAAAAGCACAAUCUACAAUGAUUUUUCCAGUGACCAGAAACGAGGAAAAGCAGAAGAAUAUAAAGUUAUGAGCCAUACAUGGUAUUUAUCAGGACUGGUGACACUGAAUUAUGUUUCUAUUGGUUGAUUUUUCCACGUUCAAUUGAACUUCUUUCUAGAUACUACCAACCAACCCACCGUCAAGAACACUUUUAAUUAACAAUGAGUUUAUGCUAUCUGACGCAGAAGCGGCUGAAUUGAAAUCUAAUUUGCUUAUUAAAAUAAGAUAUUGUCUCAGCAAGUAGUUUCUUUAAAAUAUAUUAUCAUCAACAAAUUGUCUGGCACAUGUAUAGAUAUAUAUUUUCUUGUUAAAGGGUGCCUAUCAGUUAUGCUAGCUUGAAACAUUGUGACUUGAGAUAUGAUUUCAUCUUGAUAUAAAGUUGUCUAAUCAACUUGUUUCUC